CAUACUCGCUAGUUAAGAAUCAUGUUAAAUACUCUAGCAAGAUCAUUUUUCUUUUAUAACAUAUGGUGCAUAAUUGGUAAUUUGACUCCAAUUAACUCGUUGCACACCUGUGUCAAUAACAACACUGAAACCAAUGACGGAACGGAAAAUUGUAAAUAUAAGGGCUUACGUUACACAUCAUAUAAGGAGUUCCUUUGCUGGGCAAAGAGUGGUGAGCUGCAUAUUCGCGAGUGCGAUAACAUCUCUGGUGAUUGGCUUCCAAAAACAGUAGACUGUCAUGUAAAACAAAAUAAAAAUAAAUUUUGUCCGGAUGAUCUUUUUGAAGUUAAACAAAAUGACGACGACCCAAUUUGUUUAAAAAUUUCCACUAAGCCGGAAGCUUAUAAUGAUACCUUUUGCUACGGUUCAAAUAAAAUAAUACCAUUGGAUCUAUCAUCAUCUGAAAUGACCACAAUUAUACUGUUCUUAAAACAAAAAAGAAUUAAUGAAUACUGGUUGCCAAUAAAACGGAGCAAUGCUUUCAUGCCAUUCAUGAUAAAUUUGCCAGGAAAAAGAUGGCAAAAAGUCAUUGACGAACACAUACUACCAGAACAUUUGAAAUCUGAUCUUUACUGCCUUACACACAACCUAGACAGAUUAAAAAUUGAAUUGAGAGAUUGCAAGAAAUUUUUACACAUGGUCUGUGUUUUUAAAAGUAGUCUUUUAUCUCACUCAGGGUGUCCAGAAGGAUUUGGUGCUUUAAGCUAUCGGCCAAAUGAAUGCUACGGUAUUAAUUGGAAGAAAAAAUCGCUUAAUCAUGUGCACAUCAGUGAAUACUAUGAAAAACAGAACUCGAUUAGAAUUGUACUACAAGAGAUAAUUCCCCAAGAAAAAGAGAAUUAUUUUUUUAAGAUUGAUAGCUUUGUUGAUAGAUUUUCUGAUAAAUAUAUGGUAAUAAUGAAUAAAUAUGAAAAGACAAAAGUUUCCUAUGAAAACUCGAAAUGGUUUCCAGUAUUGAGUAAGCAGAUUAUAGAAGCACCAUCACCAUUUUUAAUGAAAUUAAAAUUCGAUGAGAACUUACGCGAAUUAAUACUAGUGAUUUAUCACCGCAAUUAUCUAUGGACUAAUGAAUAUAACGACAUUGGUGUUCAAUGUUUUACUAAUGCAGGCUAUGAACUUUUAAAAAAAACUUCUGUUAAUCUUAUUUGGCAAAGUGAAAAAAAAACACGCUCCAUUUUUAAGCUAACUUUAUUUGGAGAUGGUCCUGGGGAGUAUUGGUGCGAAGGUCAUACAAUUUUAAAUUUUCAGUGGGUAUCCACUCAACGAUUAAUAGCUUUUAAGAAUAUGCGCGGGCAUACUUUUGCUACGCGGUUAGAUAUCCCAUGCAUUUACAAAAAUAAUGAAAAUAUUGUUAAUUUUUGUAUUUACAUCAACAAAAACACUAAAAUAUUUGGUAAAAUGAUACGCAAUUUUUUUGUGAAGAAAGCGAAAGAUAGUGUUAGUGAUCUUGUUAUACAUAACGUCCGUAUUAUGAAUAUUGAGAGCGUUAAAAAACUGUCCAUGGUUUGUUGGUGUCAUAUAAUGGCACAACUAGAAAUAUCCAAUAAGAGUUAUGAAGUGGUAAGUGCGGAAGAUAUCUUUGAAAAUGUUUCGAAAAUUAGUGACAAUACGUUUUCAAGCAUUCGAGUAUACAAAAAACUAAUGAAAAUGAAUAGUGACUUAAUAACUGUAAUACGUAGUAUAGAAUACUGUUUCCCUGACAUUUUUUCGUCAAAUAACUUAAUGAAUAGUCACUGGAUGCAGGUUCGUAGGGGAGAAAAAGGUACGGCACAGAUUUUAUGUCUCCAAAAUAAUGGUAUUCCAUAUACGAGACGUUGCGAAGGAGACUUUGUGCAUGGGGCAUAUUGGGAAUUAUUAACACAAUCUAUUAAUUGUAAACAUGCUCAAGAUAUUACACAAAUUUUAUACAACCUGGAGAGCACACGCUUGAUUGAGCUAACACCAGAAAAGGUUGUACAAGAAGUUAAGAGCCUCAUUAAAGAUCACAAACAAAAAAUUGGUCCUGGCGAUGUAUACUUAAUUUCUAACAUCAUUCAAGUCUCUCUUCGGAAUCUUUCCAUUCCAAAUGUAGUCUGGUCUAAUGGAGUAGUUCCAGAGCUAGGUCAAAACCCUGCAAAGUGGAAAAGUGUAAUCCAUGACAUCAUAGAAAUCUACAAUAUCCUAACAGAUUUAGAUGUAGACGUAAUUAGUAGGUCAGCUGAUCUAAAUUCAACCAACAAAUUCUUAGAAACAUUUGAAAAUUCAAUGGAUACUCUAUCAUUCUUACAAUAUGUUGACCAAAAUAGCUUCGUUGAAGAAGAUAUUGGAUCUAAACUGGAUUUGGAAGUUUUCGACUAUGUAGACAUUGGUGUAUCCGUACAAUCUUCUCCAAAUUUUCUAUACUUUUAUAUUAAUCCUUUAGUAGCAAAUGUAUCUGGGAUAGCAUUAUUUAACAAUAAUAUCAGUGGUAAAGUUCCACAAAAGUUAAAAGGCAAAUUUUACAAUGAGCAUUACCGAUUUCUGCAAUCCAAUCAUGACAUUGAGGACUUUAUCCAUGAAUCAAAUUUACUACUUGCAACUUAUGUACCAAAAAAACUUUUGAAUCGAUUAAAAACUUUUUCAACCAUAUUUAAUCAAAUAACUAAAAUCCCUCCAAUAGUGGUCAUUAAAGUAUACUCCAACGACAAGCUUUUUCAGCAGGCUAAUCAAACAAAAGCGGUUUCGAGCCAUAUUGUGUCAAUAUCCAUACCUGGAUACAAUACUAAUCUACCUGAGGCACUGCCGCUAAUUCUAAGAAGAUUGCACACUAAUCAUCAUACUGAUUCAGGGCAGUAUUGCCACUACUGGAACUACGGUAAUUGGGCUACCGACGGUUUAAAAAUGUCUAAAAAUGUUGAAAUAAGCGAAGAUAUUGUGAUAUGUUUUUUAACACACUUGGCACCAUUAGCUUAUCUUGUAGGCGUUAACCUUACGUUUGAUAUAGAGAUUGAGUCGUACUCAAAGAAAAUGGAUGAUCGUACUUUGGAUAUCAUAGCAGUGUUAGGCUGCUCACUAUCUUUGUUGGGAGUAUGUUGCAUUUUUAUCACAGCUUCAAAAUUGUAUUCUUGGCGGCACAAGACUUAAUCUAAGGUUUUACUACAUUUGUCUUUAGCCAUUUCUUUGUUAUUAAUGUUAAUUUUUUUGUUCGCCAAUAAUCAAGAUUUUCCGGUAUUUUUAUUCAUGAAUAAAAUAAUAAAUGGUUGUGUAGCCAUAUGAGCAAGUCUUCAUUAUACGGUCUUAGUGCAAUUUUUCUGGAUGAUUGUCAUUGCAUAUUUGCAGCUCAAGCGAUUUUUUCCGAUACUAAGCACAACAAGAAUAUAAAAAGAUUUGUUUCAAAAACUUCUGUAUUGUGUUGGGGAUUACCACUUGUUUCUGUAUUGCUUGUGAUAUUCUUAGAUAAAAACUCCUUUGAUAUGGGACUAUUUUGUUGUCCUUCAGGGUAUGCAUUGUAUUUUUCGGUUUUUUUACCUAUCGGAAUGGUUAUUGCAUUAAACUUUAUAAUAUUUAAUUUAAUUUUAUGCAAUGUUUUCUUUGGUACUUCAGCAGCAGUAAAUCGUACAGAUAGAGGGAUAUUUAAAUCGCAAGUAAGACUUGCAGCGUUACUAUUUUUUCUUUUGGGAUUUACUUGGACAUUUGGCUUAUUGUCGGCAUUGAAAGCUGGAAUAAUUUUUUCAUAUUUAUUUUGCCUUACGUCAACUUUACAAGGAUUCGUAAUUUUUGUAUAUUUUAUUAUUUUAGAUCCAUUAAGCCGUCGGGUGUGUAGUGACUACUUUGGUAAUAAUUGUAGAGAUAGAAAAUCAACCAUUGAAAACGAAACUGAUUAUACCUUGAGAGAUACAGAGUAAUCAGUAGAAAAUAUAUAUUUUAUACGAAAGUAAAUAAAAACAAACGUAAGGAAUACAAGAGCUUUAUUUCUGUCUCAGUGGUUACAAACAGAAAAAGUACAAAAAAAUAAAAUUUUGAAGAAUUUUUUUAAAAAUGUAACGGUAGCAAGGAAUUCUUGACGAAAGGUAAUGCAUAUAAGUUUCUCAACUGAAUUAUUCCGUCAUGCUGUGUAAAAAAAUAUAUCGAUCUUAACAAUUAUUUAUUCUAGGUCUUUCAAUCAGAAGCUACCUUGCUAAACAUUUUUUAGAUCAUGAUUAUUAACGAAUUAAAGAUUAUUUAUGAAUUGUUAACUUAGCCAAAAAUACUAAUAUUCACAAAGCUUAUAUAAAAACGAUCGAUGUUCAACGUUAUUAAAAGUUUCGGCUUUAAAGCUGGACUUCCUUUUAGCUUUAAGGACAAAAUAAAUGUAAUUUGAUUU